UAAGCGCGAGACAGGCAUACUUGCCCGCUGGGUCCUAGAGCCCGGCAUUCGCUACAGUGAACAACCCCCCAACCCCCAUUUUUUCAGGAUCCAGAAAGGAUUCUCUACUUUCCCACCCAUCUGCGCCAUUGGUCUCUGAGGCUGUGGGGAAGGGGUUCAGGACAUGGCCUGGUCCCAGAGUUCUAAAAAGAGGAGGGUCCACGCUUUGGGUUCUAAAUGGGAGGGGCCGAGUGCCUGGCAGGGUUCAAAAAGGGAUGGGGAGAGAAGGGAGCUUUCGCAAGGGGGCGGGGUCGGAGGACCCAGGAAAGGAGAGGGUGAGGACGCCAAAGGAGCGGACAAGCGAGUGCGUCAUGGAGGGGGCGGGUCCACGGUGGAUAGGCCUUCAGGACGGGCUCGAGGAAGGAGAGUCUUGGGAAGGGAUGUUAUGCAGGGUCCUAAAAGGGCGGAGUUUAGAAGUAAAUUGCCUUGGGGACGGGGCUAUGAGAGAUCCAAAAGGGAGGAGCUACGUAGAAGUGUUCCUAAUGGGCGGGGCUUAGGGAGAGGGGCUAACGAAAGGGGCGGGGCACUGUAAAGGGGAGGGGCUAAGGAGAACGUUCUUAAGGGGGUAGGGCCUAGAACUCCGAGGCUUAGGGUCGGGAAAGAAGACAUCGAAGUAUUUCAAAGGUAGCUUCAGGUUUGUAAGGGGCCGGGCUCAAGCUUUCUCUGGGAGGGCGGGGCCUCGCGCCAGGGGGCGGAGCCUAGAUCUCGGGGUCCGCCCUCGCUGCCUUGCCCACUUGCCUUCACCCGCACCCCCGUUCUUUUCGGUUAUUUUGUGCUACGGCCGUUUCCCCGCACUACCCUGGGCCCAGGGGGCCGCGGUCUAAACUUUGGUCGGCGGGAGGAGUAGUCCCCGACCUCCGCCAGAAAUGGGGAACGUGCAGUCGGAGUCAUCCGCGGGCGGGAGCUCCCGUAAAGAGCAGGCCUCGGACCUCUCCUCCGACUCCCGCCGGACGUCCAUGGCGGAGCCCGAGGUGACCCCCUCCUCCCCUGCCAUGCGCUUGGCUCGCGGGCUGGAAGUCUGGUUCCCCGGCAGCUCCACGCCCCCGGGUCUCCUGGUACCCCCGGAGCCUCAGGCCUCACCCUCGACCCUGCCCCUGACCUUAGAAUUGCCCUCGCCAGUGACGCCCCCUUCAGAGGAGGUGGCUGUGGCCGCGGUCUCCACACCACCCCCGCCCCCCGUGGAGACCCUGUGGCCCGAGCCGUCUAAGUGGCGAAAACCCACGGGCACUCCGGUGCCCCGAAUCUGCGAUCUGCUGGAGGCAAGCCAUCGCGGCCAGGGCGACCUUCCGAGCCUCCGUCCACUGCCGCCACCGCCCCGGCAACUAACCGAAGAGGAUCCCGACUCUGUCCCGAGGGCCCUAUCCCUGACUCCGCCACCCUUGGAGCCGCGGAAGACGCCACCACCACCGCCACCUUCCUACCGGCAGCCCCUGGACCGCAAAAUCAGUUCUGCUCUGGUCACAUCUGCUGCAACCCCCACAGAAAGCCAGCUCGGGCGCGGCAGCGAGGGCCAGACGGCAGGCGAGGCCCGCGGAGGGGCGCCGCCCCAAUCGGGAGAGGGCGAAAUGGCCCGCCCUGCCGCCUCGGAGCCCGGCCUGAGUCUACUGUGUAAAGUCACCUUCAAGUCGGGUCCCCCUGCGGCAGCGUCGAAUUCCUUAGCCUCCAAAGCCUCGCUCCGGGGCGGCGGAGGCGGGGGAUUCUUCUCCGCCUCGGGCGCCAUCUCUUACGCUGAAGCCCUGAAGCAGGGGCCUCUGGCUCCUGGGGCUACUUGCCCCCCAGGAGAGGUCCCUCGGGGGACCCAGGAAGCAGAGGGCGGUAAUGGAGACGGCGAGGGGCGUGCUAGACCCCCAUCAGCGCCUGCAUCCCACGCCCGGGCCCUUCCGCCGUCACCCUACACCACCUUCCCAGGAUCGAAGCCCAAAUUUGACUGGGUGAGUCCUCCUGACGGUCCUGAACGCCACUUCCGCUUCAACGGAUCUAGCAGAGGCAUCGGGUCGCCCCGACGGCGCGCGGCUGCGUUCUCAGGGCCAUGGGGCUCCCCGCCGCCUCCAUCAGUGCAGAUGCACCCAAUUCCCGGGCCCCGGAGGCCCGCACCCGCCCUGCUGGCGCCGCCUAUGUUCAUCUUCCCAGUGCCCACCAGUGGCGAGCCUGUGCGCCCCGGGACUCCCGGCCCACAGGAGUUGCCGCCUCCGCUGCCGCCGACGCCACCACCCACGCCGCCUCCCGCACCGCCGCAGCCACCAGUGUUCCAGCCAACGCCGCUGCCUGCGGCUCUCCAGCCCACCCCAGGCCGGGGCCACUUGGAGUCCGCGCUGGCUCCCGCCCCGGCUCCCGCCCCGCCUUUCGCCUUAGCUGCGGACCAGGCCCUGGCCCCGGCCCCAGCCCUAUCCCUAUCCCCGGCUCCAGCUCCCACCAUGGCCGCGCCAUCGCCGCCUGCGCCCGCGCCCGCACCCAUCAAGGUUCGCACGCGUAGAAACAAGGGUCCCCGCGCUGCCCGGGGCACGACCCGUGAGAAUGGCGCGCCUGGAGAUGGUCCUCGCGAACUGACUGACGCCACGAUGACUGACAGUGGCGGUGGAGGAAAUGGUGGUGGUGGGGCUCUUCUGGCUGGGACGGCCAAUACAGGUGCCGCGCGCCACUGGCCACCCUUCGAGGUGCUUAACUCUUGUCCCUGCAAGUGUUACUGCCGCCACCAGCCGCGCCAUCGCCGCCUGCCACGCAACGUGUCUGCCUGGCUGAGCACGCCCACCAACCACCUGAGUGAGCCGCCCUGGGUUGCCACCAUCAAGCUGGCCGGCUCCCUGGUAGCGGGGCUAGAGCACUACGAUUUGCAGGCCACCCAUUCCAACUGAGUGCAGUCUGUUCAAUGGCCUCCGCCUUCCUCUCC